AUGUCGCUUUUCUCCGGGAUGAUGGUGAAGAAAUCAGGCGCGGGCAGUUCUGCCCCGCCAGCACCCGCUCCUUCGUCGAUGUCGCUGCCUUCGUCCUCAUCAUUUCCGUCCCACUCUGUUUGCUCUCCGGCGUCGUUGCCCUACUCACACUCUCCAUCGACAGCGUCCGAGCGCUCCCUGCACGUUGUGGACAGGCUGCCGCACGCGGACGGUCCCGUCGACGCGCUCGCGAGAGGAGGGAAGGGAUUUCCACAGCACCGGGGAGUUGAGCAACGAGUGUUUGAGGAGCGCGUCAGCUCGGAGAGCCGUCUGUGUGGUUCCGCGGAACCACACAGACGGCUCUCCGAGCUGACCUCGACGGAGGAAGUCGCAGCCAUGCCGGCCGCUGUCUCCCAUCAGGUCUCCUCCCCCGACGUGAGCGCUGCGCACGUCUCAGGCCCUUCUUCCUCCUCGUCUUUCCUGCAGUCUUCAGCGUUUUCUUUUCUACAGCCUCGUGCUGAUACCGGGGCAUGCCGCGCGAGCUCGACAGUGGGUUCUCUGGCUGCCGCUCCUCCACAGGACAGUGGCGCGCGUUCCCAUAAGUCUUUAACAGACAUUCUUUCAUAUCCGCCUCCUCCGCCGUCUUCCGCCAUGUCGGCUUCCCCGUUUUCGUUUGCGCGGCCGAGCGCGUCGCUUCAUGCUAGUGUGUCUGCCGUUUCUUCCACCGGCGUGCUGGACGCCUUGUCCUUCCCUGAGGCUCCGUCGCACUCUGUUGCCGACUUCCUCGUGCCUCGUGUCGUGAAGAAGAAGCCGCGCAGCGUCAAUGUCCCCGGGUGCAUGGGCCGGCAGCAGCAGCACUCUCUCGCUGCAGCGCCUGGGGCGGAUCUGGACGAUGGCGAAGAGCGAGCGAGGAGAGAUAUCGGGUUAUCCAGAAGCUCCUCGCACUCUUCGCUUCUCGCGCCGCCUUCCGAAGUCUCGGAUCAAGCGUUUCCUGCCCCGCCUGCAAGGCCCGUCGACGGGCAGUGCAUCCCGUGCGCCCACGAUAAUGCGACGCGCCUCCCCGCGUCUUCCCCUCUGUCGUCUCGCGGUGCGGGCGCCAGCGAGCUAGAGAGGACACGCGAUGGAGAUUCAGGGCCAGCAGGUGGAGUAGCAAGCCUCGCUGACCAGAGGCUGAGGGCAGACGCAAGGGAACGUCCGGCCUUCGCGCCGCAACGGUCUUCCUCCGUCGCUGGCUCGCCUGAGCACUCCAGCCUUUCUUCGCGUCGACCUUCUCUCGCGGUGGCUGCGGCGUCUCCGCGCCUCGCGCACGUCCCAUCUGCCCCCAUGCCGGAGGAGCUGAAACGGAUCGCUUCGCGCGGGAGCACUCGAGAGGGAGCCUCCACGGUCUCCCCGAAGAACGCAUAUUCGCCCUCGGACCGACAAGAGACCGAGGAGACGCUCGGCGAGCGGCAGCCGUCUACCUCGCCUUUGGCUUCUUUUUCCUCCUCUCCAGUCUCUUCGUCUUCUGCGGCCCGCGCGCCGGGGUCUCCGAGUUCAUCGAGGCGAACGGCGCGGGGCCCGCUCGCGCUGACUGCGGCGGACAGAGAGACGCGCUUGCCCUCUGUCGUCUCGCCUUCGUCGGUGUGUCUCACCUCCGGUCUGAAGAGCCCGCCCGACGCAGCGUGCGCGUGGUAUUACGUCUGUCGCACGGACUGCUUGCAGCAACAGCGCGAACAGAUUCAGCGCCUCGCGAGGUCGCUCGAGCUGCAGAUCGCCACGCUGAACGACCUCGAGACUCUGGAAAAGGAGCAGAAAACACUUGAACAGCAGCAAGAAGGACACGUCGCCAACGAGGACUUUGAGGCCGCAGCAAAGAUCGACGUCGAACUUCAGCACCUGCAGGGGGCGUACGACCGGAAACUCGGAAGCCUACUCGAUCAGGGAGGCCGCGAGCAGCUCCGCGCUGCGCAAGGCAACGCAGAAAUUUCGCGGAAGCUCUUCGACGCCGUGGCGAAGCUGCACAGACAGCUCACAAAUAUCGACUACCAGCGCAGAGACGAAAGGGAACAGGCCAAACAAGAAGCGCGCGACAGGAGAGAGCGAGAAGAACGCGAAAUUGAAAAGGAGUCUGCAGCACUGCGGGAGAGGCUUCGAGACUGCGAGGAGACUGCGCAGGUGACCGCAGCUUCGCUCACCGCCUUGGGGGACCGCGAGAAGGAGGAGGAGAAGGCAAUCGAGACGCAGCUCGAGCAGCUGGAAGCUGAACAAAUACAAACAGAAGAGCAAAUAAACGACCUGCGGCAGCGGCUCGCGGCGCUCGAGGCGGAGUGGGAACGCCGCCAAUACGAAAUGGCUGAACUCCGUCAGCAGCAAAGCAAACUCAAGGAGACUCUACGGAGGGAGGAAGAUGACUUGCGUGCGACGCAGAGAAGCCUGCAGGAGCGCGAAAGGGUCUUGGAGGCGGAGGAAGAAAAGUUGCAUCGCCGACGCGAGGCUCUGGAGGAGCUUGCGAGGGCCGCCGAUGAGGAAGAACUCGAGUACGUCGCCGGUGCGACCGCCCUCGGUGCGUCGUUGGCGUCCUUCGCGAAGCGCCUCCGUUUCCUCAAAAGUCUCCACAAGUUCCGGCGCGCCAUCGCAGAGCGCUUGCGCGUGUCGCUGUCCAGCGCGGCUCUGGAGCGAUGCCAAGAACGCAUGCAGCAGUUGGGAGAUGAGCGGCGAGAGCUUCAAGCGCAUUUGCACAGCCAGGAGGAGCGCCGCUUCAAGCUUCGGGGCGAGCAGCAGCAGCAUCUUCUCAUGCUUCCGCUCCUCGAGCAAGAAAAGGCGCUGGCGGUCUCGUCGAGGCAUUUCAAGGAGGCGGCGUCGUUCUCCGCGGAAAUCAAGCAAUGCCAAGAGGCUGUCGAUACACUCGCGGCAAAGUUGGACGCGUGCGCAGAGGAAAUCAAACGCAGUCAGCAGCAACUUGACGCGCUUGAACCGGAGCUGCGGCACCUGAGAGUCAUGCAGCUGAAGCAGCAAAGAGAGCACCAAGCACAGCAGAAGAAGCUGAUUCGCGAGCAGCUGAGAAUCUUGGAAAAAAUUCGACGCGCCUGUCCGUCGGAGCGAGACACGAACUACCUGCAGGCUCUGGACGAGGAAGCGGAGGUGUACCGACACCUGCUCGCGAGGCUCGAGCAAACUGCCUCGCUGCGUUCGCAGGAGAGCAACAAUGGCGUGGUCACUUCGGCCGAGAAAAAGAGGAAAUCUCCCUCCGCCAGCGGGCCUUGGGCCAGCGGCGGAGAAGAGGAAGUCGAGGCAGCUGGAGGCGCAGCACUGCACUCCGAGCAGGCGCCCGCCGGCGACGAGGACGACGCGCGCAGCCACUCAGAAGGCGAACCCCUGUUCGACGAAGACUUCUUCUCCGACGAAGACACGCCGGUGUCCGGCGGCCAGGAGAAGAGCACGGCGGCUGCCGCCGCGCGAGAAGGAUCCACCCGUCCUGUCCCUACACCACUGCUGCAGAGUCCGGCUGCGGGCGCGGACGAAAACGACCGGCGAGAGUCCUCUGACGCCUCCUCGCCUCGAACGCCGAGCCCGUCUCCUCCCGCCAAUCUGGCAGAGCGCGUCGCGGGCUCCGAAGAGCGCGAGGCGACUAGAGAGGCACGCAGCGCCUCGCGCCGCGAAGCUGUGUCGGGAGGGAAGUCCCUCGCCGCUUCGCAGGCCGGCGAAGAGACUAGAAAGCGUCCGCCGGGGGAAGGCGAAGAAGACCAGCAAGGAGAGUCACGGGGCGCGUCGGCAGACGUGAGCUGCAUUCCCCCACAGCCAGCGGCAGCGGCGCCUUCAGAGGAACCUACUGAUUCGGUUAUUCGCGAGGAGACGGCGGUUGGGCUGCUCCGAGAACGGGCGCAGGGCAGUCACCGUGGGGCCGUGCAGCAGUUAACAGAGACAAGAAGAGGCGAAGAGGAAGACGAAAUAGAGAAAGAGGCGCAGUCUGUACGGGGUCCCAUUCUGCCUGGCGAGAGCGCUGGCGCUGAGCGAGGGCACGCCGCGGCGUCGGCUGCGACACUUCAACGUCUCCUCGCAGCGGAACGUCAACAGAACGAGCAGCUGCAUCGACAACAAGAACUCCUCUCUCUACUCUACGAGCAGCUGGCGCAGGAAGAGGAACUCGGAGCGUCAGAGGAAGGCGACAUUUCGCUCACCGCUGCGCUGCGUGAACAGAUCCUGAGCGUCCAGUCAGUCAUCGACGAGACACGCCGCCAAACCGAGCUCUUAAAGCGUGAGCGCGCCCUAUGUGACCAUCCGCAGGCAGAGGUGAAUGCACACGCCUCCUUGCAGGACGCAACGGGAAGCGAGGGCGAGGCGGCGUCGGCGGCGCUCUCCCAUGGCGCUUCGUCCGAUCUCCCUUGGCUAUCUCGCGAGGCUCCUGCACCUGCGGGCGGCGACCAGCGGGCGGCGUCGUUCUCCGUCGUUUCGUCGCCUGUCCAGGAUGCGAGGGACGACAGGCACGCUGACCAGACGAAAACAGUCGACGUGGAUGUUUCACGGGAAGGUCGGCUGCGGUCGGAAGAGAGCUGGGGAUUGCGGAGCAGCACCGCCUCGAAGCCUCAGUCCGCGAAUGGUGGACUGUUUGCAGGACUGCAGUUCAAGAAGAGGGGCGAAAGCAAACCGAAAACAGAGGACGCGGAUGGAGGCAAGCACAGCGACACGCAGAGUGGGGGACAAGACGCAGAGGGGGAACUGAAGGGGAAGGUGAGCCAUUAUGCUGAAGAAAAGCAGGAUGCACCCGCGAUUGAAACCCUCAACUCGAGCGAUGCGACCCACCAGCCGCAUCACGCAGCCACAGGGGACCCGGCGCGCGCACUGGCGGAGCGCCCCAGUCGAAAGGCCUGUGUCGGCGAGGGGUCCUCUCGCGGCGGCAGCUGCAAGGAACCGAACUGUGAAGGCAGCGUCGAUGAUGAGAAGGUGGAAAUCGCUCUCGGCGAAGAAUUUCACAAAGGCGACGGUCGCUCAACAGAAUGUGCGCGGCCGGGACGGGGACCAGACAGCGAAGGGGAUGAAGGUGCGGAGUGUCUACACAGUCUCAAGGAAGUCGGGAGUUUGGAUCUGCCGGAGGAUGUGUCAGACGAUAUGCACGCGCACCAUGAUAAGGGAAGUGAAUAG